UGGGGCCUAGGGUAGGGGGGUAGUCCUUGAUGGCCCAAGGAAGAGAAUGUAGAAUGCUGUGGGGAUCUCCACCACUCCUAUACAGGUCACUUUGGGAGGGUAGUCAGGAGGCCUGAGGAGAGGUUCCCAGGAAGAGUUUGGGCCCCGGUCUUUGGUGUCGUUUAGGUUCAGAGUAUGGAAGAAAAAGGCUUGGGGUUUCUGGGUGGUGGGAAGUUAGCAGGGGGCUCCCCUUAGGAGAAGGGGCAGCUGAAGAUGGGGAGCCCUGGUAAAGAUUUAAUUCUCCUUCUCUUGGGCUCUAAAAAUAGUCUCCCCAAGACCUCAGGGAUUGUCCACUUAAAAACCACCCAGCAUCUCCUCUGGACAUUUAAUCAGAUAAAACCCCAGGUUCAAAUCCUGCCCCUGCAGUUGGCUUAUUGUUUAACCUUGGGCAAAUAGCUUUGCUCCUUUGGGCCUCAGUUUCCUUUUCUGCAAAAUGUGGGGGUAUGUUUCCUACUUCCUGGGGUGUUUAUAAAUAUUAAAUAUUAUUUAGCUCUAAUAAUAGCUAACUGUGUUUGAGCCUGAUGCCCAGGGCUUGAUGCUUCGGUCCUUAAAUUCUCUGGACAAGCCAGGGUCGUUGCUCUAUCCACUAUGCAGAUGAGGAAACAGGCCUGGAGCCCCUGAGUCAGAUAGCAAGUGGCCCACAGUGCGGAGAAUGAUGUACAGGUACAGGUGGAUUGAGGGGCUGGGUGGGAUUCUUACCCCCAUCCAUUCCCUCCACCAGGGCCAGUUCCCAUCUCCCCAGCAACAUGGCAUCCUGUGCUGAGCCCUCUGCCGUGGACUCUGAGCCUGCCGCCCCACCUCCUGCUGGGGUCCCACCGCUUGAGGACUUCGAAGUGCUGGAUGGGGUGGAAGAUACAGAGGGCGAGGAGGAAGAGGAGGAGAACCUGAGUGAGGUGCGACCACUAGAGGACAUGGGACAGCCCCCACUGGAGGAGACCGAACAGCCAGGGGCCCUGGCCCGAGAGUUCCUGGCUGCCAUGGAGCCUGAGCCUGAGCCUGCUCCAGCCCCGGACGAGUGGCUGGACAUCCUGGGGAAUGGGCUGUUGAGGAAGAAGACACUGGUCCCAGGUCCACCUGGCUCAAGUCGCCCGGCCAAGGGCCAAGUGGUCACAGUGCAACUGCAGACGUCACUGGAGAAUGGCACACGGGUGCAGGAGGAGCCAGAGCUGGUGUUCACCCUGGGUGACUGUGAUGUCAUUCAGGCCCUGGAUCUCAGCAUCCCGCUCAUGGAUGUGGGGGAGACAGCUAUGGUCACUGCUGAUUCCAAGUACUGCUAUGGUCCCCAGGGCAGGAGCCCAUAUAUUCCCCCUCAUGCGGCCCUGUGCCUGGAGGUGACCCUGAAGACAGCUGUGGAUGGACCUGACCUGGAGAUGCUCACAGGGCAGGAACGUGUGGCACUGGCCAACCGGAAGCGGGAGUGCGGCAAUGCUCACUACCAGCGGGCUGACUUCGUGCUGGCUGCCAACUCCUAUGACCUCGCCAUCAAGGCCAUCACCUCCAGCGCCAAAGUGGACAUGACAUUUGAGGAAGAGGAGCAGCUCCUGCAGCUGAAGGUGAAGUGUCUGAACAACCUGGCAGCCUCGCAGCUGAAGCUAGACCACUACCGGGCUGCAUUGCGCUCUUGUAGCCUCGUGCUUGAGCACCAGCCUGACAACAUCAAGGCACUCUUCCGCAAGGGCAAGGUGCUGGCCCAGCAAGGGGAGUACAGUGAGGCCAUCCCCAUUCUGAGGGCAGCCCUGAAGCUGGAACCUUCCAACAAGACGAUCCAUGCGGAGCUCUCGAAGCUAGUGAAAAAGCACGCAGCCCAGCGGAGCACAGAGACCGCCCUGUACCGGAAAAUGCUGGGCAACCCCAGCCGGCUUCCUGCCAAGUGUCCUGGCAAGGGUGCCUGGUCCAUCCCAUGGAAGUGGCUGUUUGGAGCAACUGCUGUUGCCCUGGGGGGCGUGGCGCUCUCUGUGGUCAUCGCUGCCAGGAACUGACUGCCCAGGUGGCCGCUACCCCUUCUGAGCACCGUGAACCCCACCCCGCGCUCCCUAACUCUCCCAGGCUCCCUGUCCACUACCCUUUCUGGCCUAGCCCCCUCCUCUGGGGCAGGGACAGUGAGGUUUGAGGGUCGCCUGGCCCAGUGAGCAGGAGGAACUGAGGCCCUGUAGGAGGAAAAUGAGGCAGGGCCCAGGCCCCAUGUCCAGCUGGGAAGGAGGGGGCCCUUAUUCCUCCAGACCCAAUUCCUACCCCCCCACUCCCUCCCUGGGCUAGGUCUCAACAGGGGCCUGCCUCAGUUUCUCCUUCCCAGGGCCUCAGGGCAGCCCUUCCCCAUCCACUUCCUGUCCAAUUGCCAGCCCCUCCUGCCUAGCCUGCUGCCCUCUGUCCAGGCUACCCACCCCCCCAAGUGAAAUAAAGUCUCCCACCCUGCA